UAUACAAUUUAAGAUAUUUAUUGUAAAUUUUAUCAAAUUUAAACACAAUCUAAAAUCAUUAUGAUACNAUUCAUUGAAUUCAUUACAAGAAAACUAAGUAAAAUAAUAACCGAGAGAAAACUAAUAAAAUAUGCCUCUUGAAGAAUAAAUAAUAAAUUAAUCAAAUAAUGAAGUUCAUGCACUUUCAGAUUCCUUAAAUUCAUUAUAAGAAAAUUAAGUAAAAUAAUAAGAGCAAAUAAAUAUUUAAGAAAUUAACACAGAUGAUUAAAUUUAAAUUACAUAAAAUUUUGGUAGAAUUAUGUAAGAUAUGAUUCCAGAAUCAGAUGAAGACAUCAUUAUUUAGGAUCCUCAAGAAGAAGAAGGAAAAUCAUUAGCAACAUAAACAUCUUAAAUUGAAGAAGACAUUAAAUUUAAUAAUGAGGAUGAAUAACAAUAUAAUGUUGAAGUAACAUAAUAAAAAGUUUUAAAUGAUAAAUAAGAAAAUUAAACAACUAAAACAUAAGAAAAUAAAAAGAUAGAAUAAGAAGAACAAAGUAAUGUAUAAGAAAUCACUCAAGAGUUAACUUAAGCAAAAAGAGAAAUACCUGAGGAUUAAUUAUAACAAAUUGUAACUUCAGAAGAGAAGAAUGUUAAUGAAAAUUAAGUAACCAGAACAAUAAAUAAUCCUUUUGAAGAUGAUGGCUUAAAGCUCUCUAGUGAAGUCAUUCAAGAUAAAUGCAUAAUAAUUUACUCAUAAUGUGAGUAUUAAGGUUUUGCUUUAGAAGUUUGCGAUAGUCUAAAGGAUAUUGAGUAUUAUGUUAAUCAGUAUUUUCGAUAGGAAAUUUAAACACAAAAUAAAAUCGAUCUACAUACCAUAAGGUUAUGGACUGACAAUAUUCUAAAAUUAGAACUUUAAUGGGUAGAGCCAUCGAUAUACUUCUUCUUAAAGAUGUCUUGAGAGAGAAGUAUCCUUUAUUCAACUCCAGAUAGAUUAAACAAUUUUAUUAAAACACUAAAAUCUAAGAGGAUAAAAUUGA